CAAAUUUAUCAUGGUCAAAAUAUAAUGUUUUUAUUUAUUUAUUAAAACUUGUUUAAAUAAUAAUAAUAAUUUCUAGAUAAGCUGAGCAUAAUAAUUUAUAUUCGAGAUACUUUGACCGACUCUAAAUUGGUUUCAAUGAAAACACAAAAGGCUUAAAUAGAAUUCAUCAUACUAGUCUAUUGUUGAUGGUGUGAGUUUUUAGCUUGUUCUAAUAUACUAUUUGCUGUUAUUACUUAGUUUUAUAUUAUUUAAAAUUUAUUACUAUUACUAUUUUUGAUAGAAAAUGGACCCUUUUCGAAGGUCAAGUGUUAUUCCAAAUAAAGUAUGUUAUUUAUUUAUUUUUAUUUGUUAAAAAAAAAAAUCAAAUUUAAAUACUUUUUAAGGAUGAAAAUCUAGACAACGCCCAGACAUUCAAUCGAACCUCAAAAAUAUUUGAGGAAUUUUUACACAGUUUUGAACAAUAUGAUAAGGAAGAACAACAUAAAAGACAAAACUCGUCAUCUUUCAGUGAUUGUGUUAAGGUACCUAGGAGGAGAGUAUAUGUCAAACAAAGUUAUUUUCCAGUUGAUGCAACAUAUGUGAAGGCUAAUCCAAAUCAUAUUUACAUAACCGACGUUAAUGGACAUUUGUAUAUAGUGAAGUAUAAAGCAGUUAGAUGGUGAAAUUAUGUUUAAAUACUUUUUAAUGUUUUAAAUUUUAUUAUAUGUAAAUAAAACAUAAUAUAACUUUAAAUAUUUAUAUUACUAACUAUUUAAUACCUAUUUAAACUUACCAAACUCAAUAGCAUGCAGACCCAAAAAUAAAUCUUCAUUUUCAUUAAACCAUUGUGGGCUGUCCACCAACAUUUUAUAUGCAUCUAUUUUAUUCUUUAUAAUUAUAACUAAUGUAGGAUCACAUAUCAUUAGUGGAAUUCUUUGAUAAAAAGCUGACAUAAGGUAUGCAAAUUUUUCUAUAGGUAAAUGGCCUAAAUUUAAAUUGUAACCAAUAUCAUGAUGCCGUGAUACCAAAAACAAAAUCAAAGGAUGUAAUUUUUCUUCUGUGUUUGAGACAAGAUGAAUAAACAAUCCUUUAAACAAUGUAUACACAAAUAGAUCAAAAUUGUAAUAAUGUAGGAAGAUGAUAAAUACUAAUAUUGUAAAUUACUUUCUGGAAUACAUGAUAUUUGCUGAGGGUAGAUCUCAAAAUAUUUUAAAACAAGAUCCAAUAGCUUAGUGGAGAUAAUAUUUUCACAAAUAUACUCAACCAACUCUUCAAAUGUUUGACUAUCCAUAAACUUUUUUUCUGUAAUUAAUUUGUUCAAUUUCACAUAAUAUUCAUUCAUGGUAACAAUAUACAAUCUAUAAACAAGCAAAUAAAAUAAAAUAAAAUAAAACAUUAUUCAUGUUAACAAUGUUAAUUAGUUUAAUAAUAUUUACUUGGUGUAAAUUUAAAAUUUAUUAGAACUAAAAUAAAUGCACACAAAAAUUGGUUGAUUUUAUCUUUACCAAGUAAAAAGAAAAAGGUAUCUAUAAUAAUCUAUUAUAAUAUUGAGCUUUCUUCACAAUGAGUCUAUUGGUUCAAUAUUAAGUUACAUUAGCUAUUUGUUUCAUACUAUGUAUGAAUAGUGUGUAAUUAGUACAUAACAUUUUAUUGAUUUUUAAUGCUUUUGAUUGUUUUAAUUAAUAAUGUUAAUAUGUAUGUCCCCCUGAUACAAAAUUUGAUUGGAAAAAUUCAAUGUUAAAAAAAUGUGUUGAACACAGUGGGACAAUAUUUUUAAAAAUAAGUUUUCUUUAAUUUGUUAAAAUCUUUACAUUAUUUAUGACAUAUUUGAAUUGUGUACUUUUUUGUAUGGCUAUAUAUUUAAUACAGAAAAAUUAAUUUUAUUUUCAACCAAAUUUGUAAGAAUUUUAUAGGUUCAUAAACAAAGCCUGUGGGGUUUUCAGAUUUCUAUAAAAUAGUCAUCUUCAAAUUUUUUUUCGGCCUCACAAACCAUUGAUGUUCUAUACCGCCAAAACUAUCAACUCUCAUUUCACUCUGUCAUAUGCUAUUCACUAAUCUAUCCUAUAUUUUCGGGACAAUAUAUUCUAAUUCUAUAUUUCAUUAACACUGUAUCUAUUUGCUUCGUGGUCUUCAUUCUAAACAGUCUCCAGACUCUUUCCCUCCGAAGUCCAAGUUAUUAUUUCUUUUAUAGACAACCAUCUACUUGCCAAACAUACCUAACCAAUCACCAUUGUAUUCUUAAUUUAUUUUACAAUAUUUUCUUUUUUGUAUAGGUUAGACAACUACGCAUUCGUUCUUAGUUCACAUUAUUAUGUUUUGGUACUAAACACUAGACAGUAUAUUUUUUUUUCAAAUUUUUGCAGGUUUUCUUUAUGACCUUUAGUUCUGCAUAUGAUACAUGCAUAAGUUAGUACUGGUCUAAUAUAGCUUACAUACAAUUUUUCUUUGAUGUGUUUUGAUAUUUUUUUGAUUUAAAGAGGUUUUCUAUUGCAACAUAGCAUCGAUAGCCUCACUUUUAUUUUGUUAUACUUAUAAUUUUUGUUACCUAUUUAAUUUCAAGAUACUUAAAUUAAUUAUUUUUUAAUUUAAGGCUGGACCUAUUCUCAGAUUUUCUUGUUACUACCGUGUAUUUUGUUUUCUCUAUAUUUACAAUUAGACCCAUAUUCUUUCCAACACCUACUCAUUUCUACAUAUUCUCUUGAACUUCUGAUUGGUAUAUCCAUUGAUUAUGAUGUAAUCGGUGUAUAUCAGCAGUUCUCCUUUUUCCAGUUCCCAUGUUUACUCGUUUGAUAUUUUUUGAAUCACAUCUUAUAACGUUAAAUAAUAUGAGUGAUAUGGCAUCACCCUGUCAUAGUCCAAUUUUGUUUUUAAAAGUCAUAGAUAUUUCAUUUUCGAGUUUCACUCUAUUAUAUGAUUUGCUGUUGUAUAGCUAUAUCAUUUUGAUAAUUUUCAUUAGGACACCAAAUGUUCUGAUCAUCUCUGUGUUCACACUAUCGCACGCUUUUUUAUAACCAAUAAAAUACCUCAAUUAAAAUACCUUGUUAAUGAUAAAACCUUGUAUCCUGUAUUCAAUAGUGUUAUCCCUUUAUAGUUUUUUUACUUUUUCGGGCACCCUUUUUUGAAUAUUAGGCGUAUAAGUGUUUUUACUUCCUGGGAGCUGUUAUUCUUCCCAUAAUUAUAGAAUCAAUGAAUACAGCUGCCUUCCCAUAACUUCGCCUACCAACUUCCACUUUGUUUACAUUUUACUUUUGAAGUUAACAAGCGUCAAGCACUAGAUAAUGAUCAAAAUCUACUUCUGCUCCUCUAUAACUUUUAACAUUCUUGAUGGUUUGUGUAUUAUUUUAUUAAUAGAUGGUUUAUUUUACCGUUGUAUUAACUUUCAUGUGAUAUCCAUGUAUGUUUUACAUAUUCUACCUAAGAAGCCGCGUGCUUCAUUCCUCUGCUUAUGGAAAAAUGUAUUAGUUUUUUUCUAUUAUUGUUACUCUUUUCAUGUAGGCUAUAAUGUCUUACUACAGGUUAAUAAAUUUCCUCUAAAUAUAUUUGGUUAUAGUUAUUUUUUUUAUUUAAUUUUUAUUAAAACAUAAAAAUGAAUUCAAAUAUAAACAUUUGUCGAUCUUAUCCCUGUGAGUAAUAAAAAAAAAAAAAACAAAAUUUGACUAUAUUUAUUAUUUCAUUACUAUGGGUAAAUCUUAACAGGGCACCCUAGAACUCUACCAGAUAUAUUUUUAAAACUGAACUGAUAUACAUUAUUGUACAAUCAUUAAUUUUAUUAUAAUAAAAUAUUUCUUACUAUACCUAUAUAUUAUAAUAUAAAUAUAUAUAUGUAACUUAAUAAUGUGUCUAUAAAUGCAAUUUAGUCAAUAAUUUAGUACCUACCUACAAAUGCGGAUUAGUAAAAUUAGUUUGUACAAGCUCAUAGUGGUUCAAUAGUAUUUAUUUAAGCCAUACAAAAUAAUAAAAACAGUUUGAUUCAUAUUUCCCAGGCAGAAAAAAAUUAAACUAUGUACAGAAAUACAAUUUUUUGGGUUGAAAAUAAAAUGUUUUUUUUCUUUGGUCAUUUUCUGUGUUUUUUUUUUCCUAAACUUAUUUUAAAUAAUUAUUAUUAAGCCAUUAUUUAGGUUUUAAUGAUAAAUAUUUUAUUAUAUACCCAUCUGUAAUAAUACAUUUAUUUACGAUAGAAUUGCGGUUUUUUAUUUUAAUUGUUAGUUUGUAACUUCAGUACAUGUAAUAGAAUUAAUUGUAUAACAAAAGAUUUAUUAGAUAUACUAGUAAUACAUAAUGUACACAGGCAAAGCCGUAUGGUACGGCUAGUUUAAAACAAAAAUAAAAUAAUUUCUCAAUUAUAUUACAUUUGUAACAUUAGUAAAAGAAAUGUAAUAGUAAUAAUAGUGUAAUUAAAAUAAAAUUUUGACAUACCUUAUAAUCAGAUUUAAAAAAAAAAUUUUUUUUUUAUUGUGUGAAAUAUUAAACAAAAAUUGAAUAAAAAUAUUAAUUAUAUUAAAUACUUUAAAUCUGUUUUUAAAUAUUUAAGAACUUUGAUCAUUUGUCACACCGAACUAACUAAAUUGGUAAAAUAAGAACGAAUUUAAAAUAACAUUAAUAACAAUAAUCGGGAUCAAAAAGUAUACAAUUUUGAAUUUUGAAGUGUAUCAAACUACAAAACCAAAUUUAUGUUUAAACAUGAUAAAUGUAGGUUAAACCAUAUUAGACCACGGUCAAAGCAAUUUAUAUUCGGCAGCAGCUGCCGGUGAUUUUGAUAAGACUUUGAUAAGAUAUCGAUUUUAAUUUUUUUUUUUCGAUAUCGUUCGACGCCCAACGACCCAAGGUGUUAAGUUAACUGUACUGUUUAGCUGUUAAUUCUUUUAGUAAUUUCUGAUCAGUAUUCUUCUAUAUUAUAAUUUAAAUUGAUUAACCAUUUAAUAAUUAGUACUAUUAUUGCUAUUUCGUAGACAAUUGUUUAGUCUACUUGUGUUGUGUUUUUUUCCAAUGAAAACAUUUUGAAAGUAAAACGUAAAACAAAUUAAAAUGAACUUUCUACCAAAAACAAUUAGGUAAGGUAACUUUUUUCAUCUUAAAUUCAUUUAAGUCAUAUUUCAAUACUAAUUUUAGCUGUAGUACAACAUUGGCUUCAAGGAAUUUAGCAUUGUAUUGUGCCAGUUCAUCUUGUAUUGAUCGAACUAAAUGCCGCAAAUUCCAUUUUUCAUCACCUUCUCGUACACCUGGAGAUAUAAUAUGCCCUUCAUUGGUUCAAGGAAUUGAUUAUAUACGUGAUCCUCGAUUAAACAAAGGUCUUGCUUUCACCCUGGAAGAACGACAAGCACUAGGUAUUCAUGGCUUGAUGCCACCCAAAUUUAAAACUCAAGAAGAACAAAUUGAAGUUUGUCGAUUCAGUGUCAUGAAAUAUCAAGAAGAUUUAAAUAAGUUUUUAUACUUGACUGAAUUACAAGUAAGCACAAACCAUUGAAUUGACAACAUGUUAUUUUUAUGCAAACAUAAAUUACAGGAUCGAAAUGAAAGACUAUAUUUUAGACUUUUAUCUGAAAAUAUUCAUAUGUUAUUACCAAUUGUUUAUACACCAACUGUUGGAUUGGCAUGCCAAAAAUUUGGAUUGAUUUUCCGCCGCCCCAGAGGAUUGUUUAUUACCAUAAAUGACAAAGGACAUAUAUAUGACCUACUAAAAAAUUGGUAAUUGCAGUUUUUUUUUAAUUUUAUAAACCAUAAAUACCCUAUUUUAUUACUAAACAUAUUUAUUCGUUUUGCACUUGCAUAAUUUAUAGUUAGGUACUUUAAAACUGUCAUAGAUAUAUUUACCUAACUCCCAUAAAUUACUUUUUUUUAACAGUAGCCCACUAACAAUAUUAUCGUUUUUUACUUCUGUUUGUUUUUAAUUCUGUGAAAUGGGUCAAUAGAAGAAAGCUAUUAAAUAACUCAUGCUAUUGUGGUACAUAUAUUGGCUGUUAUCCAAGUUUUUUUCAUGUAAUAUGGCAAAAAGAUUAUAUUAUUUUUAGUAAAAAUGGUGUAUGAUUUUUAUUAAGGCUUUAUUAAAAUAGACAAAAUGCAAUUAUAAUUAUAAUCUUCUAUUGAUUCAAAGGUUGAAAUAUCAACUAUAAUUUUUAUGAAAGAAAAAAAUAUACAAUAUAUAUUUUAAUGUUUUCAAGAAUUAUAGAUUCUUGAAGGUUCAAUAUAUAUUAGCUUCAUCGCGCUUCUUUGAUUCAAAAACCAUACCAACGAUUUUUAUAUCAUUUGUAAAAAUUUUUAAUUACUACAUUUUCUUCUGUACAACCACCCAAACCCUACAAAAUUAAUUUUCUAACUGCAGAUCCUGGCGUGCAUUACGUAGGCACCCAUAAUUUUCAAAUGUUUUUUUUGUUUUAUGUAUUUACUGGGUGUACAAAUGAAAAUCUUAUGAUUAUAAACCUGGAAUGAUAUAACAAUCUUUGGUAUAGCAUUAUGAUCUAUAAGUGUAAUAUUCAAAAAUGUGGAUGGUGACAUUAUUUUAUAUAGGCACCUGCAGUUAAAAAAUUAAUUUUAUUGUUUAGGAGAGUGUAGAAAUGAAAAUGUUGUGAUUACAAUCUGUACUAAGGAUAUAAAAAUUGUUGGUAUAGUUUUAAAGUCAUAAUUCCAAUAUGCGGGUGCCAACGUGAUGUAACUACACUUUUUUUUUAUUUUUUAAAUUCAAAUUUAGGUAUUAAAAUACCUAUUUUUACUGGCUUAUAUCUUAAAUACUUAUUAUUUAUGUUCUAACCUCUAUAAUUACAAUAUAAAUAAAUAUAUAAAAAAAAAAAAAAAAAUAAUAAUAAUAAAUUUCUAUGCAUUUUUUUCAAAAGUUUUGCUCCCUUUUAUGCAAGGUUUUACUUUGUUUAUGAAAUUUUAAAUAAUUAUUUUGAACAAAACUAAAUGAAAAUAUCUUAUGUUACAACUUUACAAAUAUCAAUAAUACAUUUUGUUUCCCAAGAUAUAUUCAUUGAUAGUAUUCAUAAUAUAGAAUUUCUCUGCUAUUAUUAAAAUUUAUUUGAGUUAAUUAUAUUAACAUUUUAUGGAACUAUAGUCUUAUAAAAUUAAUGAUAAUAAAGUAAUUAUAAUUUCUGUAUUAUUUCUAAUGAUGACACUAUUUUGUUUUAAGAAACAAUGGUAGGUAUUUAAAUAUGAUUAAUAGUCAAUAGUUAUACGCAAAUUGUUUUGUUAAAGAUACGUUAAACAUUGCCCCAUGGCCUUCAAUAUUAAUUCAACAUUAGUCAUUUUCACUAGUGUAUUGUAUCAUUCUGUAUAAUUUAAUUAUUUUGGAUGAUAUCAUACUACAAUUUUGUACUUGUUAAUUAUAGUGAUAUAAUAUCAAUACAAAAUUCUAAUAUACAAAUGUAUUUAAUCAAAUAUUUAUGUUCUUUAAAAGUUUUCUAUUUUAUGUUUAACUACAUUAUAUUUAUUCUCAAUUUAAUUUAGUUAUUUUUAGUAAAAUUUAAACACUUGUAGACUUUACUUAAAUUAAUGUUUAUUGAUACUGAUUAACCUAAAAUCGUCUUUAUGCUUAACCAUUGCAUUUUAAGUUUUAUAUAACAUGUGAAUGUAGCUAUAUUGUUUCAAAUUAAAUAAGAUAUUUGUACUCAUACAUUAUUACUAGAAUUCAGUGUAGAUAGUAAAACUUAAGCUCAAAGAUAUUAAAUACUUUAAAUUAAUAUAUGAAAAUGAAUUAAAGUAGUUAUCUAUGUUUUUUUACUAAGAUAAGAUAUAAAUUAGAAUUAAUUAAAUCCAAUAUAAGAUAAUAUAAGUAGGUAUUGUAAUAGAUUUAUUUGUUUAUAGGAUUAAAAAUAACUGUUAAUAACAUAUUAGUAUCUUACUUUUAUUAAUUUAUUUUUAUUUUUUUAUUGGUAAUAUGCCUAUUAUAGGAUCACUGUUAAGUAUAGACCUAUAAUAGAUUGCCAUUGUAUAUUUCAUUGUUUAUUUUCUCCUUAACAUUAAAAUUGACAUUAACUAAUAAAUAAAUAGUUAAAAUAAUUGAUCUAUAACCCUUAAUUAAUUUAUACCUAAUAUCAAUAGUACAGAUAUUUUAACAAUCAAAUAGUAUAUAAGUAUGCUCAAUUGUUUUCAAAAGUGGCUGCUUCUGAAUUUUAUUGAGUAGGUGGGUGAUUUUUGUGAAACUUGAAUGAUUAGGAAGAACAAAUUGCUAAACAUUUAUGUAUCUAUUAUAACGGCUAUAAGUAUUGUAUAAAUUGCUGGCUUAGGACGGGCAGUGGUUGUAAACAAAUAAUUUGCUUCUAGUAUUAUAUAUAAUUAAAAUUUAAUCACAUUUUAUUUUAUUAUGUUAUUUAUACCAACUUAUUGAAAAUAAAUUACAUAUUUUUGAAGUAUUUAUUAGAUUUUUAUUUUGCUGGUAUUAAUUGUAAAUAGAUAUUCCUAAAAUCCUUUUUUAAUGUAAAACAUAGAAAUAUUUAAUUUUUUAUAAUUAUAAAUAAUUUAAUAGUUAUGUACAUAAUUGUAAUAAUGUUAUAGAAAUGAAAAAAAAACAUAUAAUACAUUUUGUUCACCUAAAAAAAAAAAUUCUUAAAAUGUUAAUUUGAGUUAACAGGAUUGACUUUAGUAGUGUUUUUAAAUUACCAUUUAUCCAUUUAACAUCUAUUUAUUUUUUUAAAAUAAAUAAUUAAUUUUAGUAGCCCUAAACAAAAAUUAGUAUGUAAUAUAGUUCAAACUGUAUGAUAGAAAGCAAUUAAAUACAAUUUUUUAUUAAUAUUAGUUGUAUUUAGAAUUCAAUUUGAAAAUUAACAUUUGCACGGACAUUUUUUUGGGUUAGGCCAGAGCCAAAUGUUCGUGCAAUAGUAGUAACUGAUGGCGAGCGUAUCCUUGGUCUAGGGGAUCUUGGAGCAUGUGGUAUGGGCAUUCCAGUUGGUAAAUUAUCAUUGUAUACUGCUUUAGCAGGCAUCAAACCUCAUCAAUGUUUACCUAUAACACUGGACGUGGGAACAAAUAAUGAAGUUAGCACUAUAUUAAUAUUUGUGUGUGGUAUACUGAUUAUUUAUCACCUACUUGUUUGUUUUAUUUAUUUCCAGCAACUUUUGGAAGAUCCUUUGUAUAUUGGUCUAAGACAAAAGCGUAUUUUAGGACCUUUGUAUGAUGAAUUUAUAAAUGAAUUUAUGGAAGCUUUGGUUAAACGAUAUGGACAAAAUGUGUUAAUACAAUUUGAAGAUUUUGGAAACCAUAAUGCUUUUAGAUUCUUGGAUAUGUUCCGUAACAAGUACUGUACAUUUAAUGAUGAUAUUCAAGGUACAGCAUCUGUAGCCGUCGGAGGUCUUCUUACUGCACGUCGCUUGACUAAAAAACGUAUUAGGGAUUCAACAUUCCUAUUUUUGGGAGCUGGAGAAGUAAUUAUGAAUUUUGAAAUGGUUUAAAUUAAUUUUAAUAAUUUGUAUUAAAUGAUUUAUACAAUAUUUAGGCAGCCAUUGGUAUUGCAAAUUUGACAGUUCGAGCUAUGCUGACUGAGGGCUGUUCAUUAGAAGAAGCUCGUAGUAAAAUAUGGAUGAUGGAUAUUGACGGUCUUUUAGUAAAAAAUCGACCUGAAGGAAACUUACAAGGUGAUAAAGCAUUUUAUGCAAAAGAUCACAAAGUUAUGAAAAAUCUUCUUGAGGUGGUAAAAGAAAUAAAACCAACAACUCUAAUUGGAGCUGCAGCAGCAGCAGGUGCUUUCAAUAAAGAUGUACUAGAACAUGUUGCUUCUUAUUGCGAAAAACCUAUUAUUUUUGCUCUUAGCAAUCCAACAGCCAAAGCUGAGUGCACUGCUGAUCAAGCAUAUACUUAUACUCAAGUAAACUACAAAAUAUAAUAAUAAUGCAUAGAAAUUAAUCCAAAGUUAUUAAAUUUUAGGGUCGUUGUAUUUUUGCAAGUGGUUCACCAUUCCCACCAGUUACUAUAAAUGGACGUACUAUUACUCCUGGUCAAGGAAAUAAUGCUUAUAUAUUCCCUGGAGUAGCCCUUGGAGUUAUUAGUACUGGAAUACAUCACAUUAUUGAAGAUUUGUUUUUAAUUGCUUCACAAGUAUACAAACUAACUAAUUAAUUAAAUUAAGUUCAAAUUAGAUGAAAUGUAUAAAAUUUGUAGGAGUUGGCUAAUUUUGUUACUGAAGAGGACCUGGAAAAGGGCAGCAUUUAUCCACCAUUGAAUUUGAUUAAAGAUUGUUCUUUGGAAAUUGCAAUAAAAAUAGCCGAGUAUGCUUAUGAAACAGGUAAAAAUAAUGUUUUUAUUUUGAUUAUUACAAUUACUAAUAUUUAAUUUUUGUACUGAUUUCAUUUACUAGGAAUUGCAUCUCAUUAUCCUGAACCAAAGGAUAAAAAGAAAUUUAUUCAAUCACAGAUGUAUGAUUAUAACUAUGAUAAUCCACUUCCACCAAAAUACACUUGGCCAGAAGAAACGGAACCCAUUAAAUCCAAAUCGAUUCAUGAUCUUACAGGAGAUCAUUUAAAAAAACAUUAAGGUUAUGUUUCAAGUUUAACAAAAUAGUUUAUAUGAAUAAUAAUUUAAAUUCAGUAUUUCUAUUUAUAGAUUUUAACAGUAUUUAUGACAUCUAGUCUUCAGUAUUAUUUAAACUACUAUCUUUAAAGCUUUUAUCCUCAAAAUAAAUAUUUGGACAUGUAUACUAAAAUAUGUUACCACUUCUUUUGCAAUCAUUUUGUUCAAAAUAUAAAAAGUUUAUUCACUUUAAAAAAUUUUUAAACUAUUUUAGAUAAUUUAAAAUUUUACUAACUGUGAGUAAUUAUAGAUACUUUAAGAUGUUUUUAGUGGUAAUUAUUUAAUGUAACUUAAUCAUUAGUUUUGAAGUGUCAAAUAUUAUUAUGUACACAACUCAAUAUUACUACCUACACAUCAAUAAUAAAAACUAUAAUCAUUUAAGAAUAAUUUAUUUAAAAAAUUACAUAUUUAAUAAUAUUUAAGCGCAAUAAUAGAACUCUGGUAUUAUUUGAAUGUAUUAAUAUAGUAGAACAUCUACAUAGUAUUUAACAAAUCUUAAUAGUUAAUAUUUAAUAUUUAGAAUUAAGCAGAACAAUUAUAUUCUGCAUUUUAUAUUCAUAAUAAUCCUACUCUUAGUUUUAAACUAUUUUUGUCAAAAUAAAUAAUCAUGUUUAUUCACAUUACAAAAAAGUUUAGUUGUGAAAAUAUUGCAUCAUACAUUUAGUUUAUUUAAGAAAAAACCUAAGGACAUCUUAUUUGCCCAAGUUACCAUUAUGUAUUAGUAUACUUUUUAAUUUCAAUUUAUAGGCAUUGAAUAAAAAUAUUGAGAGAAAAUCUUGGUUACACACUGUUUUGGAUACACAAUUAUUAUGAUUUAACUAAUAAAUCUUAAUGUUUGCUUAGAUACUUAAAGAUGACACUUCUGUAACCUGUAUAAUUUAUGUUAUUUAACGCUCAUGCUGAUUUUAUAAUAACUUUGUAAUGUACAAAUUUAUUUUUAUU